GCUGCUCAGGCGUAGUUCCUUUGGGACGGGGACCCAGUAGUCGGUGCCCCUGGCUCGGGACUGGUGGGUCAGGUCUCGCAGGCCCCGAAGUUUCGCAGGGCCUUGCCCUUUCGGAAGGGGCGGGGGGUCGCCUUUUCACCUGCGCCAGCUGUGGCCCUCGGGAGGGGCGGGGUCGGGGUUCGGCACGCCCCCCCCCCCGGGCCCGGAUCUGCGCGGUGUCUUCGAGGGGCUCUGUCUCCCGGGUGAGGCGGCCUCCGGGCCUCGGAGCCCGGCGCUAGCGGCCCUGGUGGUCCCACGCGCGGCCUGGGGGUCCCGCAGGGAGGAGCGGAGGGGACUCGCCCCCCCACCCCCGAGCCAUUGAGGGAGCAGAGCUGCGGUAGCGCCGGGAGGCAGCCUGCGAGAGGCCCCGGCGGGAGAGAACGUCCUAGAGAUGGAAUCUGACUCUGUAUAACCUCCUGGGGCUGGCUUCUGUCACUCAGCACCAGGCCUUGGAGACUCGUUUGUCUUGUGUUUCGGGGGUCCCGUUGCUGCAUUCUCUCGGAGACGGUCUUGUCAGCGGUGUCCAGUCUGCUAAUGGCGAGUCUGGACCUGAAGCCAAGAAGUCAACACUACGGCAGCAGGACAUUUUCAAAGAAAUUCCAUCCCGAGGAAUAAACAUGGAAGAACUUACAAAGAUAAAGUCUGUGUUGGGAGGUACCUGGAGACCCAGAGAACAGUUUAAGAAUCAGCACAUCUGGGACGAGAUAAAGUCACCUGCAUGGAAAUUCCUGCCCAAGAAAGAGGUAUAGAAGCUAAUGAAUUUGGAAAAGCUGUCACUGUACAAUCAAUAGUUUCGGAGCAGUGUGAGCCUGUAGAACGGUGUGUUCGUGAACAUGCUACACGUGGGAAAAUCUUCCAACAAAACUCAGACUUAAUUAUACAAAGGGAGUGUGACGGAAAGAGACCUUGUGAAUGUAGUGGAUGCGGGAAAGCCUUAAGAGACCACACCACUCUUAUUCAACAUGAAAGAACGCAUACUGGAGAGCGACCCUACAGAUGUAACGAAUGCGGAAUGGGAUUUAACCAGAGUUCCCACCUGACAAACCAUCAGAAGACUCACACAGGGGAAAAGCCCUACAAAUGCAAUGAAUGUGGGAAGGCCUUCAGUUAUUGUUCAGUCCUUAUUCAACAUCAGAGAAUUCAUAGUGGGGAGAGACCUUAUGAGUGCACUGAAUGCGGUAAGACGUUUAGUCGUAGCACAUACCUUACUCAGCAUCAAAGAAUUCACACUGGUGAGAAACCCUAUAAAUGUCUUGAAUGUGGAAAGGCUUUUAGCCAGAGCACGCAUCUUACUCUACAUCAGAGAAUUCAUACUGGAGAGAAACCUUACGAAUGCAGUGAAUGUGGUAAAACCUUCAGUCAGAGUGCACAUCUUACCCAACAUCAAAGAAUUCAUACAGGAGAAAAGCCCUAUGAAUGUAAUGCCUGUGGAAAAGCCUUCAGUGAUCACUCCGCUCUUAUUCGACAUCAUAUCAUCCACACUGGGGAGAAACCUCAUGAAUGUAAUGACUGUGGGAAAGCUUUCAGCUACUGCUCCGACCUGAUUCAACACCAGAGAACACAUACUGGAGAGAAACCAUACAGGUGCAGUGAAUGUGGGAAUGCCUUUAGUGACUGUUCAGCCCUUAUCCAGCAUCAAAGAAUUCACACUGGGGAGAAGCCCUAUGAGUGUCAUGAAUGUGGGAAAGCCUUUGGUAACUACUCAGCUCUCACUCGCCAUCAAAGAACUCAUACUGGGGAGAAACCCUAUGAAUGUAAGGAAUGUGGAAAAACCUUUAGCAGAAGCACAUACCUUACUCAACAUCAGAGAAGUCACACAGGAGAUAAACCAUAUAAAUGUCAUGAGUGUGAGAAAACUUUUGCCCAGAGUUCAUUCCUUACGCAACACAUGAGAGUUCACACUGGAGAAAAACCCUACAGGUGUAAUGAAUGUGGGAAAGCUUUCAGUGACCGCUCAGGGCAUAUUCAGCAUCAGAGAACUCACACUGGUGAGAAGCCCUAUGAAUGUAAUGAUUGUGGGAAAGCUUUCAGUUUCUGCUCAGCCCUUAUUCAACAUAAGAGAAUUCAUACUGGAGAGAAGCCCUAUAAAUGCAAUGACUGCGGAAAAGCCUUUAGCGAUAGGUCAGCACUUAUUCAACAUCAGAGAACUCACACUGGAGAGAAACCCUAUAAGUGUAACGUAUGUGGAAAAGCCUUCAGUCAGAGUACAAACCUCAGAAGUCACCAGAAAACUCAUUCUAGUGAAAAAUCCUAUACAUGUAGUGAAUGUAGAAAAGCCUUUAGUUACUGCUCAGGCCUCAUUCAACAUCAAAUCAUUCAUACUGGAGAGAAGCCUUAUGCGUGCAGUGAAUGUGGCAGAGCCUUCAGCCGGAGGACAGACCUUAAAAAACAUCAGAAGACUCAUACCGAAGAGAAACUCUACAAAUGUAAUGAAUGUGGAAAAGCCUUUAGUCAGAGCACGUAUCUUACAAAACACCAGAAAAUUCACAGUGCCGAGAAAGCAAAUAUACAUACUGCCUGUAGGAAAACCGUUAAGCAAAACUCCUCUGUUCAACACGAAAAAUCUUACACUGGAGAGAAAUCCUCUGAAUGCCUUGAGAGUCUGGCUGCUGUGGAGACCAGGGAAACAGAAGGAUCAUGAAAACUGUCAACUAGAGUGGCCACAUGGCUUAGUGGGAAGAGCGCAUUUAUGGGUUUUAGAGGUCCUGGGUUCUAAUCUCAGCUCUAUUACUAACUGAGUGCAUUACUUACUUUAGGGUAAGUCACUUUACCUCUUUAAACCUUAAUUUACUCACCUGAAAAAUUUGAAGGUCUAACUAAUUGAUCUUUAAGAUUCACAUUUAUUUUAUUUAUUACCAAUGUGGGCUUUUACAGAGGUGAUUCUUAAAUUGUGACCUGUUUAUUCUACAACAGUUCUGAUUUACAUUGUGAGGAUGUGGUCAUCAUUAUGGAUUCAGUAAAGAUAUGGCCUACACACUAUUUAUUACCAUGGGUCCUCCAAAAUUAAACAUACUAUAACUAUUCAAGGAAAUUAAGAGAUAAAGUGAUAUGAAUUCUGUUAAUUAUUGCAGUAGGAAGGUUGGGAUCUUUUCUUGAUUAAGAAUAUGGUGUUGGAUAAAACCUCAAAAAGAAUGAAUCAAAUUAUUGGUAAAGGCUGGGUUACCUAGAAUCCACCCAAACUUAAUGGUGCAAUAUAAAUUUUCUCUAUUAAGUUCAAUUGGUUGCUAUCAUGUCCCAAGUGAAAAGGAACUGGAAAGCAGUUCUAAAGUCUCAAGCAGAUUUCUAAGAACAGAUGAAAUUGGAAAGUGUAUUUGCCAUUUCCACCUAAAUAUGUAAAGGCCACGUGAAUGAAAAUGAAUGUUGAUCUAGGAGAGUCUGUUGGUCUCUGGUCUUUUUCCUAUGAUUAUAGAGACAAUAGCCUGAAAAUAUGAAGAUUUAUUUCAGAAGCCUGUGAUACUAAGUUGACCAGUUAAUUUUUUUCCAGAUUUUCUGUGAUGCCUGUGCAUUGUUUUAUAAUCAAAGAAACAAUUUUUAAAAGGAAUUUGAUAACUAAGCAAAUUUAAUGGUUUUGGAAUAGGAGACUACUUUAGCAAAUUAUGCAAUGGAUUUAAAAACUCUG